GUGUAUAUAAACACUGACACACAACCAGUCUGUCACCACCGAGCCUCAGGGACGACUUCACCACCUCAGCUUCCAGCCAUGGCUCCUUCGGUCGACGCCAAACUCUUCUUCUGCAUCUUCUUCAUCACCUGCUACUGCUCAGUGACUUUGGCUCAGAUCCCGAUGGACUGCUGCCUGAGCGUCAGGAACAAGCCGAUCGACCGGCGACUGAUCGUGGACUACGGUCAUCAGAUCAAAGGACACGGCUGCUCCAUCGACGCCACCAUCCUGCUGACCAGACGCGGCCGGAGUCUUUGUGCCCCCGCCCACGAACCCUGGGUCCACAAGGUGAUGAGCCACGUGGACCGCCAGAAGGAACGCUGCAAGGGAAUCUGCAAGAGCAAACGCUCGGCCAAAGGGAAGCAAGCUUGACCUCUGACCCCUUCAGCCACCUUGAUGACCUCGGGCCGCUCCGAGUCAGGGACUCAAACCAACUUAAAUAAUAAAGCAUUAUAUUGAUAAUUAAUUACUUUUUAUACUAAACAGCCAUUUCUCUAUUUUUGUACAAUGUUUGUGUUGUAACAUACAUUUUUGCUCGAGUGGCAAAAAUAUAAAUUAAAAAUUUAGAUUUUUUUAUACUUUAAAACAUUUUAUUUUGGGCAUUUAUGUUUGAGAAAACCGGGAAUGUGUAAUAAAAGACGUGAAUGAGUGAGUGUGCGGCUCCUCAAACUGUGAAGAAGUGAACUCCUCAGGCAGCUGCAGAGUGUUGGGAUGGAUUUAAAUGAUUGUUGAACAUUUUCAGAAUAAAACGAGUUUCCUGUCAA